CGCGGCGAGUGGAAAUGACGUCACCGAAGGACGAAUUGUCACUAGGAACGUGGUUACUAAACACCUUCUAAAAGAUGGCGGCGCCCAUGGGGAAACGUAUGAGAUAGAAAGAUUUCUUUAAUUUUUGUAUAUCAUGUGGCCCAGUAUGUUAUGUUCUUUGCGGGUUUGCUCAAAAAUUAUUUUUGGUACAAGUCGCACUUCCGUCCAUUCCAGUCUGUUAAAGAGAAGGUUGACUCAAACAGUUAAGGUGUUGGCUUGUUGUGUGCAUGGAAAGGACUCUGCUAUAAAGCAUUUAUUGGGGGUUAAUGAAGAAACAACCUCCAGUGACCAUCUGUGCCAGCACCCACCAGCUGUUUCCUAUAAUCAAGCUGAACAUGACAGUUUGUUAAUACACAGACCUGACCAGCCAGCGAAUGCUAAAAUUCUUAGAAUUGCUAUUAUAGGUUCUCCAAAUGCUGGGAAAUCAACACUAUCCAACCAGCUUCUGGGCAGAAAGGUGUUUCCAGUAUCAAAGAAAGUACACACAACUCGCUGUCAAGCCCAGGGUGUUAUUACUGAGGGGGAGACACAGCUGGUUCUUCUAGACACUCCUGGAAUGGUUACUACUUCAAAAGUCAAAAGACAUAACUUGGAGAAAUCCCUACUGCAUGAUCCAUGGCAAUCUAUGAAAUCAGCUGACCUAGUGCUUGUUCUGUUGGAUGUCUCUGAUCACUGGACCAGAAGCUCACUAAACUUUGAAGUUCUAAAGUGUUUGUCUCAGUUCCAGAAUAUCCCCAGUAUACUGGUGUUGAACAAGGUCGAUCUAAUAAAGCAGAAAGGGAUUCUGCUUGACCUGACAAACCAACUGACUGAGGGAACUGUGAACAGCAAGAAAGCUUUGAUCAAGUCUCUGCCCAGAGCUUCCCAGGGCCAACAUGCUAAGUCAAAUAUGGCAUCUUCUCAUUUAAGUCAGAUUCAAGAUGAGACUUGUAUUACAGAAUCUCAUCAGGUGACUACAGCUCCUAUUGCUGAAAGCAACCAGGACAUCCAAGAUUUAAAGGGCAAGAAAGGCUGGCCUCAUUUUCAGGAUGUGUUUAUGCUUUCCGCUGUGAAUGGCGAUGAGGUGCAGACACUGAAGAGAUAUCUUCUGUCUCUUGCCAAGCCUGGUGAGUGGGAAUAUCAUAGUGAUGUUGUUACUUCCCAAUCACCUCAGGAAAUCUGCAAUAAUAUUAUAAGGGAGAAGCUACUGGAGUAUCUGCCACAGGAAGUUCCAUACAAUGUUACUCAAGUUACAGAUUUGUGGGAGGAAGGUCCUGGAGGAGAACUUGUAAUUCUACAGACCUUGUUAGUACAAAAAGAAAAUCAUGCGAAACUUCUCAUUGGAGCUGGUGGCCAGAUGAUCAAGAGAAUUGCACUUGAGGCAGGCCAAGACCUCAUGAAUGUUUUCCUAUGUGAGGUUAGAGUACGAUUAUCUGUCAAGGUAAAGAAGUGAUUUCUUGUGCAAGACCUCCAGGUCUGCAUAAAAAUAGGGCUCUAUUAGGACAAGCUGAACAGGCCACAGCUUUUUUAUUUUUGCACUUUCAGAGAAGAUUCAUCAACACAUCUCAGGAAAUUCUUGCUUAAUGAUUGAUACCGUGAUGUUGAAUGUGCACAUAUUAAAAAAAGUCCAAAUCUGUCCCAAAAAACACCCAAGAGGGAUACAGCAUUUUCAUAUUAUAAAAUGCUGUAGUGUGGCCAAAGGCGCUGUAAAAUUGAGCAAGCUUGGACUUUGUCUGUAAACAGUUAGCAAGACCAAACUCAUUGUUCAAAUAGCAAAGAAUUUUAACCAGAUGGAAAAGGAAGAAAGUAAAUAGCCUAUGUAACAAUGGACUGUCUAUUGUUUAGGCAGUCGUUUACAGAGUGCAAAGAAUUCUGGUGAUAAUAAGCAUUUGUUUGAAGUUUGUUUCUAUGUAAAAGGUCACUUUAUUUGCUAAAGUCCAAAAAGAAAUUCCGCUGUUUGUUUAAUAUGAAAUUUUUUUUGUUCAAAAUACAAUUUUUUUCUACAGUA